UGACAAUAUUUAAAGAGACGCGGCCGUGGAUCGCGCGAACGUUUUCCAUCCGCGCUACAGAGGGUAACACAUAAGAUUCUGCCUGCUUUCAACGGCAGUCUUUGCUCGCUGUUUGACAAGAAAGAAGACUAGUGUUCUAGCCGUUGCAAGCUUAAUCGCUAUGGUUAAUCAGGUUGCCUCCUUGUCCUAUAUAGUGGAGAACAAUGCAGGCAAGGAAAGCGCUGCAGAUUUCGAAAAAGCCAUCAAACUGUGUGGGUACGGAAAAUUCCACUAUGGCUUCGUAUUACUCUGUGGAGCAAUGUUCCUCUGCGUUGGUUGUCAGAACGGAAUAAACGCGUACAUUUUACCAUCCGCAGAAUGUGAUCUCGAUUUGAGUUCUGAACAAAAAGGUCUUCUGAACGUCGCCUUUCUCUUAGGCGGAGUUGUAAGUUCCCUUUUCUGGGGAGUAUUUGCAGAUGCCUACGGAAGGAGAUAUAUUCUCCUCCUUACUUUAUUAAGUGACAGUAUUUUGUCAAUUGGAGGAAGUUUCUCUCAAAGCUUUAAAGUGCUGUUAAUUUUCAGAGCACUCAGUGGAUUCUUCAUAGGAGCUCCUGGUUCUCUGGUCUAUACAUACCUUGGUGAAUUCCACACAGCGAAACAUAGAGUAAAAACUAUCUGUUACGUAGGAUUCUUCUGGACCCUAUCGUGGUUGAUAUUGCCUGGUUUGGCUUGGAUUAUCAUACCGCUGCCAAUAUCUCUUCGAUUCAAUGGCAUGUUGUAUAAUUCUUGGCGACUCUUUCUGGCUAUUAUUGGAAUACCAACGUUAAUGGUAACUUUGAUCGCGGCUAGAUAUCCCGAAAGUCCGAAAUUUUUGGUCUCUCAGGGAAAAACGGACGAAGCAUUGGCAAUUUUACGAAAAAUCUACGCGAUAAACACUGGCCGUAACGAGGACGACUAUCCCGUAAAAGUCUUGUUGUCCGAUGAUACGAUGGAUAUUAAUAAUGUUAAUAAUACGUCUUUCUCCGCGUCCAGAGUACUAAUGGAAUUGCUGAAAAAUAUUUGGCAACAGAUGCGUUCGCUCGCGUCACCGCCACUUUUGAAAUACGCGCUUCUCUGUUGGACUAUUUACUUUGCGAAUAUGUGCGGAUACUAUGGAUUCGGUUUAUGGUUACCAGAGCUGUUCAAUCGUUUUGAAAGCUACCAACAUUUACAUCCCAAUCGAAGCGUAAGCGUUUGCAAACUAAUCCAAGAAAGUGACCUGCAAGCUACCGUGACGCCAGCGUCAAAUAUUUCUCUUAAUUCAACGAACGUUUUAAUUAACUCGACGACUGAGACUGAUUGUUCAUCUAACAUGGACGAGAUGGUUUUCAUCAAUUCAUUGACGAUCAACGCAUUUUGCUUGCUUGGCAACAUCGUAUCUGGAUAUUUGGCAAAUCGUGUUGGCCGACGAACAAUUCCAGUAACAACCAUGUUGUUAGCUGGAAUGUUUGGCUUCGCGAUAUACUUCGUCGAGUCCUCCUUGCAAAUUUUAAUGGUGAGCUGCAUGUUCUCGUUGACGAUAGUCACAGCAAAUUUCGUGAUCAGCAGCAUAGUGGUUGACAUAUUUCCAACGCAUGUAGGCGCCGUUGCGAUUUGUAUGAUGACCUGUUUUGGCAGAAUUGGCGCGAUCGCCAGCAAUUUAGCCUUUGGAAUGUUGCUCGAUAUCAGCUGCGAGGUGCCAAUCUUUUUGGUCGGCAGUAUAGUGAUCUUUGGAGGAUUGUUGGCAUUGAUUCUUCCACAGAAAAAGAGUUGAACAUUUCCCGGUAAAGGAAUGAGAAAAGACGCGAAUAAUACGCUUAUUACAACAUUUGAUCGUUUCGUACAUUCCAACAAAUUACACUCUUUGUACACGUGAAGCCAGUAUUUUUUCCAAAACAUCAAUGAGAGACAGUUCGACUUGAUUUCAUCCGACGUUCAAUUAUGCAUAUAUUUGAAUAAACUAUAGGCUAUA